AUGACGGACCACCACUUGAACGCGCCACAGCUGGGCUCGUCUCCCAGCUUUGAAAGGUCACAGGACUUCCUCAAUAUCGACGAACCACCCUGCGCACAGGAAACGCCCAGUGUUUCUACAUUUAACCUCCCGGGCCCAAGCGCCCCAGCCCAAAGCGUAGACAAGCCCGUACCCAUGAUGAGACGGCGGUCUACUAACUACAUGGAUGCGCUAAAUUCCCGAGAACAAGCUCGGGAGCGCGAAAGCAGCAUCGAGGAGCACGCCCCAGGUGCCGAACGUAGAAGCAGCGGUCCCAUGGACUUUCAAAACAUCAUCCACAAUAUGCAAUAUAAGGCCACUAAUGAUUCUGACCUGAGCCACGCGGGCGUGGACAUGGGUGACUCCAUUUCACAUUCACCUGUCGGUUCUCGCGCCGGUAAAAAACCAAUUUUCAAGAACUCGUAUCUUGACAGCAAUAGCAGUAAUGGUAACGGCACAAGAAUCCCACGCGAUUCCGCUCCUCAGUUAAGCACGCGCAGAAAGUCUUCUUUCAAGUACGAGGACUUCAAAAAGGAUAUCUAUAACCAGCUUCAUAUGUUCGAAGACAAAUGA